AUGAAUUCAGACGAUGUUGAAAAGGUCCAUGGAUCCCUUUCCUUGAAAAGUGUGAGCCAGUCUGAGAUUGAAAAUACCCCUACGAAGGAGACUCAUGGGAAAUUUCUCGACUUGAAGCCUCAAUCAAAGUUCAAAAGAUGGCUUUAUGGAUUGAAAAAUGUCGAAAUGGGCGGAAUUGAGCGAGUGCCCGAGGAAAAACGAGAGCCUGUCACAGCAUCGACUACAUUACACAUGCUUCUGAUGUGGUUUAGCAUGACUUUGGCCGUGAACAACAUCAUCGUGGGAUCUCUGGGGACUCUAUUGAUGGGUCUCUGCUUCAAGGAUGCGGCUUUAUGUGGUAUUCUGGGCAAUUUUUUGGGAACAAUGGCGGUGGGAUACAUGAGUACUUGGGGCCCAAGGAGUGGCAAUCGAACAUUGAUCGUCUCGCGCUACUUCAUGGGUUACUACCCAAAUAUGGUCUGUUGUUCGCUGAAUAUUUUAACCAAUCUCGGUUAUAGUAUGCUUAACAGCGUGGUUGGGGGUCAAAUAAUUUCUAAGGCUUCCGGGGGACAAAUUUCGGUUUUACUGGGUAUAGUAGUUGUUGCAGUGAUUAGUUGGGCUAUGGCUAUGUUUGGAAUGCGGAUAUUCCAGAUCUAUGAACGGUGGGCGAUUGAUCUAUAUAACAAACACGAAAGAAGAACCUCGCUAAUCGAAUAUCAUUCUCCCAGAUUUGCAUGGCUACCUCAGCUUAUGGUCUUAUGUAUCAUGAUUGGCUCUGCGGGUCCCAAUUUCAACUUCGAUAUUCACAAGGACUACUCACCAGAACACCUAAAUGCCAAACGAAUCACCUACUUUUCUCUAUGCUUGUCAAUCGCUAUCGCCUGGGCCCCGUUGUCUGCCGACUAUUACGUCUACUAUCCGCCACAAGUGAAACGUUGGAGGACCUGGAUGGUAACAGUGCUGGGAAGUGCUCAGGCCAUGACAAUAACCCUUCUGCUCGGAAUGGGAUUGGGAACCGUUUUGGCCAGUUCGCCUGGUUACCUCGCCGAGUACGGUAACAGUCCCGGUGGGCUCUUGAUGACGGCGUAUGCUCCCUUGGGCGGAUUUGGGAAAUUUUGCGCGGUGGUCAAUGUCCUUGCACUAGUUGCAAACAAUACUCCUGGUGCUUAUUCCAUGGGUAUGAACUUCCAGAUGCUGGGUGGAUUCUUUCAACGAGUUCCUCAGCCCGUCUUCACCACGCUCAGCACUGUGAUUUAUACGGCCUGUGCGAUGGGCGGGCGCAAUUCUUUAUACGAAAUCUUCAAGAGCUUCCUCCCUCUAAUUGGAUAUUGGGUGAUUAUGUGGUUCGUCAUUGUUGUUGAAGAGGAUUUGUUUUUCCGGAGAUCCAAAGGGUAUGACUGGUCAGCGUGGAAUACUCGAGAAAAGCUGCCCAUGGGCAUCGCUGCUGGAAUCGCUUUCUUGAUCGGCUGGGGUGGAGCGAUUAUUGGCAUGGAUCAAGCUUAUUACUCUGGCGUCAUUGCACAGGUUGCUGGGGGCUCGGACCUGGGACUAUGGGUGGGUGCUGGUUUCACAGCGGUGGCGUUCCCACCAUUGAGAAUGCUUGAGAAAUGGUAUAUCGGCAGAUGA